ACAGAUGAAACAAACCAACAAGCAAGAAGAGGAAGAGAGAGAGAGGGAGGCCACCAGGGCAACGCAGCAACCAAAGGGGGAAGGGGAAGGGCGAGGAAGACCGCGUCGUGUUCCUCGUCCCGCCUCCUCUCCUCGGACUCCACCCCCUUCGCAUUGCUCCUGAAUUCCGAUUCGACCAAGAAGAGGAACGAAGGGCAAGGGAGCGAUGGGGUGUUUUUCAUGCUGCGGGGCCGAUGAUGUUGGCAAGAAGAAGAAGCGCGAUGAUCCUUAUGUUCCGGUCCCUGCCCCAGGAGGUAACAAUGGAUAUAACCGGGGUCCAGCCCCUACCCGUGCCAUCCGUGCUGGCAGAACUCAGCCAAUCGAAGUACCAGACAUUCCCCUUGAAGAAAUGAAGGAAAUAACCAAGAACUUCAGCAGUGAUGCUCUUAUAGGAGAGGGGUCGUAUGCGAGAGUUUUCUUUGGUGUACUGAAAGAUGGCAAGAAAUGUGCGGUGAAGAGGCUCGACUCUAGCAAACAGCCUGACCAAGAGUUCCUUGCGCAGGUGUCAGCUGUUUCAAGACUCAAGCAUGACAAUGUUAUCCAACUUCUUGGGUACUGUGCUGUAGGGAGCACCCGUGUUCUUGCUUAUGAAUAUGCGACAAGGGGCUCCUUGCAUGAUAUUCUCCAUGGUAAAAAGGGUGUCAAGGGAUCCCAGCCAGGACCAGCCUUAUCCUGGAUGCAGCGGGCUAGGAUCGCCGUAAGCGCCGCAAGAGGACUCGAAUUCCUCCACGAGAAGGCAGAGCCACGUGUCGUCCACCGUGAUAUCAAGUCCAGCAACAUAAUGCUCUUUGACAACGACGUUGCAAAGCUAGGAGACUUUGAUGUCUCCAAUCAGGCCCCUGACAUGGCUGCACGUCUUCACUCUACGCGUGUUCUUGGCACCUUUGGUUAUCAUGCUCCUGAGUACGCGAUGACUGGGCAGCUUAGCGCAAAGAGCGAUGUCUACAGCUUUGGAGUGGUGUUGUUGGAGCUUUUAACUGGUCGCAAACCAGUUGAUCAUACGCUUCCCCGUGGCCAGCAGAGCCUCGUGACAUGGGCUACGCCAAGGCUAAGUGAAGACAAGGUGAGGCAAUGUGUGGAUCCAAGACUUGGACAGGAAUACCCUCCGAAGGCUGUCGCCAAGAUGGCUGCAGUGGCUGCCCUGUGCGUGCAGUACGAGGCGGAUUUCCGGCCCAACAUGAGCAUCGUCGUUAAGGCUCUAGCGCCGCUGCUGAACAGCCGGUCAAGCAACAGGCCUGCCGCCUCAGCCUCUACCCCUGCCGUUGAGUGAGCUCCGAGUGGCUGCAUGUGCUGUGAUUCAUUUUUCGACACGACGAUUUCGUGUACGCGACGAGCUGGUGAUGUUUAGGGCCUUUUGCCAUGGAUCUUGUGGGGUGGUUUGGUGUGAUGUUGUACAUUUUGAGGGGUGGUGCGGUGUGGUGUGGUUUUGCCAUGGAUCUUGUGGGGUGGUUUGGUGUGAUGUUGUACAUUUUGAGGGGUGGUGCGGUGUGGUGUGGUGGGAUUUUCUUCUUCCCUGGACAGGGGGACAUGCGCUGCGGUACAUUGUGGCAGGCAAUCCCUGCAUCGUUUGUGGCCUCUCGACCUCUCGUAGCCAGCAAUACACUUCCUGUUUGGUCA